AUGUCGCUAUCAGACUCCGAGGACUCGGCAGUCCUGGUUGGACCAGGCGAUAUCCGUGAUUUCAACAAAGAAAACAUCCUUCCUCUACCAGCAGACGAACUCCAAAAUAUCAGAAAUUGGCUGCAGCCCACCCCCUAUGAUCUAGAGAGGUCUGAGUUCUCAAGACAUCUAGCGUCGUACCUCCAGGGGACCGGUCAGUGGCUCAUAUCCACAAGCACAUACAAACAGUGGCACCAAGGCAACGAGAAUGGCCUUAUCUGGAUCAAAGGCGUACCCGGCUCGGGAAAGUCUGUUAUGGCCGCCUCGAUAAUUCAUCAGCUGUGCAAAGAAGAGGUCCCAGUCCUAUAUUUCUUCUUCCGACAGAUUAUUGAUGCAAAUCAUCAGCCGGUAGCCGUGCUACGGGACUGGCUAUGCCAGUUACUCCCCUUCAGUCCUCCCUUGCAGGUCAGACUGAGAGAUGAAUACCUACAAAAGAAGCGCCCUAUUAAUACUUUGGCUCUGAGCGACCUCUGGAAGGACCUCAAGUUUGCUCUAUCCGUCUUUCCUAAGGUCUACUGUGUCAUCGACGCCUUGGACGAGAUGGAUCAAGGCAAUGAUGGGUUUCUCCACUCCUUGGCCGAACUAGGACAGUGGCGCCUUGAAAGUGUUAAAGUUCUCAUCACCUCACGCCCAGUCGUUGCGAUUGAAUCUCCUCUACGACCCUUUCAUAUACCUCAUAUUCAAUUGGAUGAACGACUCGUGGACAAGGACAUUGCUGCCUAUGUGCAGUACAGAUUGCGAAAUUCAUCUGUUCCGCACGAUUACUGGCAUCUGGUCACUGAAGCUGUUCCUGGUCGGGCAAAUGGACUCUUUUUAUAUGCAAGGCUGUCAAUGGAUGCCUUCGUCAGGCCUGGAGCUGAUCCUCAGGUAGUACUCGAAACAUUACCUGCGGACCUGAACGUGAUGUACAACAAUCUAUUGCGUGAGCAUGCGACAAGAUCAACUGUCCCAAAUGAAUUCCAGCUACUUAUCUUGCAAUUGAUCACACAUGCAACUCGACCUCUUCGCCUACUGGAAGUCGCUGAGAUGGCUAAAGCUACCCAUGAGCCAUUUAAAUUCGAAGAUUGCAGUUUGAAAGGGAUCAAAAACCUGGUUCGAGCUACUUGUGGCCCGCUACUGCAGAUCCAUCAUGAUGAGACUGUCUCUGUUGUCCAUCAUUCAUUUACUGAGUUUCUCAAAGGAUUCACUCGCGAAAAGCCACUGUAUGAUUCGAGCUACCCUAUCCUAGAGGCCGGUCCAACCAACAAGCGUCUUGCCGAAGCAUGCAUGGACUAUCUUACGUCUGGCUGCCUAGACAAACUAGAAAUCAAAAAACGCAGCAAGGAGGACGAGUUUUACCACCCCAAAAAGGCUCAGCAAAGUGGCACCAGGCUUCAAUUUCCGUUCCUCGAAUAUGCGGCUGCUAACUGGUACAUCCAUGCCCGCCGCGCAACGCUCGCUGGUGUAGACAUGUCAUCAUUCUAUAAGAAUAUAGACAGCUUCGUCGCGGACAAUCAGAGAUUUGUUGCCUGGCUAGAUAUCGACUGGCCAGAGAACUUCAUUCAAGGCCUCACUCCGCUCCACGUCGCAGCUCGCACUGGAUUGUCUCAAUACGCUAGCCAUUUAAUUCAUGAAGGUGGUGCCGACCCAAACGCCAAGAGCCAUCACGGCGAUCCUCCUCUCUACUGGGCAGCUCUAAGUGGCCAUGCGGAUGUUGUGCAGAUUCUUAUUGAGAAUGGGGCAGAUCCAGAUGGAGAGGCAAACGAAGGAUACAAACCCCUUCAUAAAGCUGCUAGCCACAACCGCGCUGAUGUUGUCAGGGUUUUGCUCGCGGCCGGUGUUGAUCCACUCACGCCAAAAACAAAACGUGAACCAGGCAAUUGGUGUGGCAACGCACCAACAUCCAUGGGUCAUACCCCUUGGAUGUAUGCUUGCACAAAUGGACAGACCGACACGGUGGUUGAAUUUUUGUCUCACAUCAACGAUUCCGAUACUUUACUCCGAGGCCUUUUAUGGUCGGCAGGAGCAGGGCAGGCGGCCUGUGUGAAUCUGAUUCUUCAAAGGCCAGGCGUGGACGUGAACUCCAAGUACUUCGGAGAGACCCCGCUAUUCAAAGCGUGCUGCAAACGCGGUGACAUGAAAACAAUAAAGGUACUUCUAAAAGCAGGGGCUGACCCCAACAUUCUCUGCGAUUAUCGUUCGGAUGACUACGGGGGCAUGCAAAGUAUGAUGCGAUUUCGAGAGCCGAAGCAGACUCUUGAAGCGAGGGGAUACACUGCUCUGCAUGCUCUUUGCGGAAUCAACAAGCGAAUGUUUCACGGUCCAAAAUCGAAAAAUUGUGUUUCGCUUCUUCUAGAAGCUGGUGCGAAUCUUCAUUUGAAGGCCCCAGGUGGUGAAACUGCCUUGCAUCUUGCCUGUCUAAACAACAUAGAGGUCGUGAAACUGCUAUUGAAUGCAGGUGCAGACCCAAGCGCAGAAACUGACCUCGGGCACACGAUAUUACACAGUGAUGGGUCCACGGACAAGGAAUUGAUACCUUUACUGUUAGAAUCAGGGUAUGUCGAUGUCAACGAGAUGAUGAUGAAAGUAAAAGGAAAUCCUCUCUACCUUCGGCUUGAGAGCCAUCAUCCCGAGCGAGCCCUUGAGAUCUUAAAGUACAAGCAAGAUGUCAAUAAGGCGAGACCAGAUGGGAAUCGCGCAUUACAUGUGCUUUUUGGGAAACCGAGAAUUAAUUCUGUGGACAAUGUCGUGGAUGCUUUACUUUUAGCAGGUGCUGAUCCGAAUAUGCAAAAUUUGAGAGGUGAGACACCGCUACAUUUAAUGAGGCAAUCUCCAAAGUUCGAAGCGGUCUCCAAGCUCGUCAAAGCUGGUGCAGACCUUGAGAUCCGAGAUUUGGAAGGCCAGACAGCUCUUUUUAAGAACGUCGCACUCAACAGCGCAAGUGAUGGCAAAGAUCUACUUUCUAGUACCUUGAUUGACUUAGGCGCGCGACUUGACACACGGGACAACAAGGGCAGGACUUUGUUACACCAAGCUGUUCUAAGUACUAGUUGUUUGGACUAUCUGAUACCUCGUAUGGAUUUCCAUCCUUCUAUUGCUGACAAUAAAGGAAACACACUAUUCCAUGCGGCCGCAUCGAAGAAAUCAAACUGUGACAAACUGCCAAUAUACAUCUAUCUCAAGGAGUUGGGGGUAGAUAUUGACGAGCCCAAUACUCGUGGCAAGACGGUAUUACACAAGAUGUGCGCGAGGGAGCCCAGGCUAUCUAGGUGGAAGCCUUCGGAGAAGACUGCUUUUGACUAUGUCAUCCAUGAAUGCAAGAAUUUGAAUCCUUGCGAUAUUGAUGGAGUUCAGCCAUUGCAUAUUGCAGCCGCUAUCUCUGAAGAUUAUGUGUUUAAACUUCUUGAUGCUGGGGCGGAUCCUUUCGGCACCACAAAAGAAGGCAUGACGGUACUUCAUGUUGCAGCUCGGGCCCGGCAGCCUGGUAUUAUUGGCCUGGUUCUUUCAAGACUUGCUAACCUGGAAGAUGCCGCGUUCAAGGGGUUUAUCAAUCAGAAAAGCGCAGAGGGAAAUACAGCGCUUCACUAUGCUUGCUGCGUCGGUCGUCCUGAAAGUGUGGAUUUGCUACUAGAUGCCGGCGCAGAUCCUAAUCUGCCGGGCCGAGAUGGCUUCAUGCCCCUCAGGGCAUGUGUUGAGUUUGAAGUUGAGCAAUCACGCUGGAGAAGAAUUGUUGAAACGAAAGAUGCCAAAAAGGAAAGCACUAAAGCUAAAAGAGCAGCCAGUAUCUUUCUCGGCGGCCAUGAUCUGCCACCGACUGCUGAUCCUGGUGAAGCAUUGCAGUGGCGUGGGCAUGGUAUGGGGUUGAACCCGGACUCAUCCCGUCUGGACGAAAUUCUCCAUUCUUUGGUUCUUCACGGGGCAAAGAUCACCGGGAAUGAGAGCUCCCUCCGUGAUGCAUUUCAUGCCGCUGUGUUCAAUCAACGUGACUAUACCGCCGAAAGUCUUUUGGAGUUACAGUCCUGUUUUCUUCCCAAUGCCAAUCUUCUGGAAGGGCCAGAUGGUGAGCUUUUCGCUGCCUCCAAGUCUCGUCUGGAAAAUGAAAAGACGUCUUUGAGGCAGGAAGUUAUCAAAAACAGCAGUCAGAAAGGAAAAGAAGAUGAGUUUACUCGUUUUUCACGAGCUUCCUACGUAGCUAAGCUACUGAGUCUCCGUCAAUAUCAAAUGGUGGAACAAGAAUUAUCGCAGAUGAACGUUCUCGAACUUAACCGGCUCAGUGCACGUUGCGGCGCUUCCAUCCUACACGUCCUUGCGCAAACUGGUUUGUCAAAUGUCCUCAAGCGUGUUUGUACCCGUGAGGACGCAUUAAAAUUCGAUGACCAUGAGUGGUGCAACCAAGCAGAGACUUCUACUCAUAUGCACGAAAACACCAUACAACCGCUUCUUAUGGUCGCGUGUGAUCAAAGAAUCCCGAACAUGGCAGUGGUCCGUUUUCUGGUUGAGGAAAUGGGCAUCAAUAUUAGUGCAACGAGCAGGCAGAAGAUCUUCGUCAGCAAUGGCAAGCGGAGCGAACACGUAUCAGGUAACAGCGUUCUACAUAAGAUUGCCGAGGGCAAGACUUGGUGGAAUGUACAUGAGGCACUGCCUUACCUGAUCCGCAAGGGGGCUGAUCUAGAGGUGCGCAAUGAAAGUGGGGACACCCCAUUGCAUAUUGCGGUAGAGCAAGAUAGGUACAAGGGCGUCUUCUACAAACAGGCUGUUCAAAACCUCCUGGAUGGAGGUGCUGAUGUCAACGCCGUGAACUACCAUGGGGAGUCAUGCUUGUCAAAGGCUGGUACUGAUAGUAGUCAGAUCAAGUUGCUCUUAUCAUACGGUGCUAAGGUCUCCCCAGCAGCCAUAUUCUCCGCCAUCGAGCUCCAGCAGGUUGAAUUACUUGAACUUUACCUCGCACAGGGUAAAGUCGCUAAUUUGAGGCGACCUGCUACUGAAAAGCCCGAAAGACUUUUAGAGGGAUUCAACAUUCCAGAUAGUGAGAUCUACCCUUUGUUUCAUGCGGCAAUUUGCAAAGUUCGUAAUAACCGCCUGAACGAGAACGAUCUUACCCCUUCCCGAAUACGCAUGAUGACAGCGCUGCUGCGCAAUGGUGCAGAUCCAUAUGCCACCUUUAUCAAGCUUCAUCGGAUCAAUGACAAAUCAUUCAAACAUGACACCGAAAGCGAAAGCGGUCCAGAAUCAGAGUGGAAAUCCGUAACAUGCACUGUCAUUCAUGAAAUUUUGCAGAAUGGCCGGGUCGCCAAGCCACUACUUGACCUCCCAUCCCUUCAGCUUGAAGUACGCGAUGCCAGUGGCCAAACGUUGCUUCUUGCGGCUUCUCGAGGCCGGAUAAACCAACUUGAAGAACUUCUCACCCGCGGAGCAGACGUUACCGCCCAGGAUCAAACAGGCAAAACAAUUGCCCACAAUCUCAUGGGACAUAAGCCCAACGAGACAAAUCACAAGUGCCUCAAGGCUGUUUUCAGUAAGACACCAAAGUUAGUCCACACGCCUGACAUAGCUGGUGAUACUCCACUCCAUUACGUCCUGAAAGCACAGGAGAUAUACCUUGAUCACAUCGACCUACUGCUCGAACACGGCGCCGACCCGCUCAUCCCGGACUCGAAUGGGAACACCGCCCUUCACGUCUUUGCUAAAGACCCCCUUACCUACAAAAAACGCAUUGAACAAUUUCGAGGUCUUGGUGUGGACAUUAACGCACGCAACAAAAAGGGCGAUUCCCCACUCUUCGAGUAUAUCGCACACGGCCCGCUGGGAGGUGGGUUUUGGAUGGGUUUUAUCAAAGAAGCAAACGAGAAACUUGACGACAUCCACCACUUGCGAUUUUUCAAGGAAGCUGGAGCUGAUUUCUUUGUACUUAAUAAUGUGGGGUCGUCGCUGCUUCAUGUUUUGGCUGGCCGAAUAAUUCGUCCCAGAGGUAUUACGCGAAGUGAGGAAGCGAUGGCAGUGCCGAUUGAGAAAGUUGUGAGCUGGUUCAAAUUUUUGACAGGCUUGGGCUUGGAUCCUAUGCUUGAAGAUGCUCAACAGCGGACAUGUUUGGAUGUGGCUGCUGCUUGUGGCAAUGAGCAUAUUUUGAAGUUGUUUCAGGAGACGCCACCUGAGUGA